AUGUCUUUAUUAUCCUCAUUGCAAUCAUCACCAGAACCAGUAUCUACACCUUCAACUAUAUCACCAUCCACAUCCAAAUCCACAUCAUCAUCAUCAUCAUCAUCAUUAUCAUCAUCAUCGUCAUCAUCACCAUCAUCAUCAUCAUCAGUGUCAUCCAAAUGUAAACUGUCAGAGUUUUAUGAAGUACCGUUGCAAGGUGGUCGUAUAAGUAAAACAUCAUGUAAACGACGUGAACAUAAGCGAACAAUUGCUAAAUUGCGCCGUAUGUUACCGUAUAAGCAAAAUUUGGUGGAAUGUUCAGAAUUGGAGCUUAUCAAUCAUAUCAUGGAUUAUAUCAUUUCCUUGAGGAGAUGUUACAAUCACAAGAAAAUAUUGUUGACGAGAAUCAUUCAUCAACCAUUGAUGUUACUAAUUUGAAUAGAGC